UGUUCACUAGUAUCUAUAUCCACCACCUAAAAAUCCGUCUACAAGUUAACCCAAGAAUAUCAAUCAGUCACUUCACUGCCUGAGGGAAUUCAGUUCUAAAAUGCCUUCUCAUAAUGCAUUUACGAUUGCUCUUCUUCUCUCCCUUAACUUUGUAUUUUUCACUGCAGUGAGUUCAAAUCAUCAUGUACCUAAUUGUCCACCAACACCACCAAAAUCCCCAAAACACCCUCCCCCCUCAACCCCAACCCCAAAACACCCUCCUCCCUCAACCCCUACCCCAACCCCAAAACACCUUGUUGUGGGGACCCAAUCAAAGACUCCUUGUUGCAGCCUCAUUGCAGGUCUUUCUGAUGUUGAUGCUGCUGUGUGUCUUUGCACUGCCAUUAAGGCCAACGUUUUGGGCAUCAAUCUUAAUGUGCCAGUCUCCUUAAGCUUGCUUUUGAAUUACUGUGGUAAAUCUGUCCCAACAGACUUCCAAUGCACCUAGUGGUGCCAUGACCUUCUCACCUACUGCUGCCCUUUCAACAGCUUUGUUUCAAUAAAAGACAGGCCAUUAAUGUUUGGCUGUAAUACAUUAGGCAUGUUUCCUUCGAAAUGUAACUAAUAUGGACAAUGUUCUCUCCAAGCAAUGCUCAUAUGUUUCCCUUUGAAUUGAAAACCUUGCUACUUCUUAUCUUUUCA